AACCGGUAAGAUCUGUUUUGUUACGAACACAGGAAACAGAGAAGAAAACAAAGGAAAAAAAACCCAGAGCUUGUAGCCUUCUUUGCAGCCUAUCUAGUCUAUGAAUCUAUGUUAAAUGCCAAAACACAAAAACAUAACAUCCACUGCCGACACAGUAUCCAAGGAUAUUAAGGCCUCAUUUAAGUGGGUAGUAUUGAGUAAUCGCUUUCUCUGGUUGAGAGGGGGUUUUUUUUUUUUUUAGCUGCCGCUGUUGUUAUUGUAGGCUAUGUCUACUCGUACUAUUUGUAGUAUCUCACAGGCUGUCUGGUUGGUUCAUUUUCUACUUUACUUUGUUGCUGUAAUUUUCGCCAUUAAUGCCUUUUUAGAAACUCUCAAACAAAAGGUCAGUGAAACCAACUGUAAUCUGUUUAAAUGGCUAUUCACUGUGACCCUUUAUCUCUUAUAGUGCCUGGUCUUUUAGAAUUACACUUUAAUCACUUAGCCACAUUUUUUGUGAGUCCCUAAUCCAUGGGUUUGUAUUAUGUUUUUGGUUUUUAUUUCAGUUUCAAUCAAUCGAGGCACUGCUUUUGUUUAUCUUAAAAAAGAUUUCUUUCGCUAUUUGUCAUCUGGGUCUUAUGUAAUUCAGCCUCUCAAUGCGAUUUCUUCAACUGGGUUUUUAUAAUUUUGGAUGAAUAUGCUCUCUGCUAAUAGUUAAUUUUGUCCUUUUUCGCUUUUUGGGUGUUGCAGAGAGCGGUGUGUUAUCAUAUAGAAUACCAGUAUUAAUAGUUGCAGAGACACAACACUACUAGCUUCUAGUUUCCUGCGCCGCGCCGCUCGUGUUUGUCGCUCGUGCGCUUCCAGUUUCCACCAACGAAUACCCGCAGAUCUCGAGACGCUUUUUCACAGAUUUUGACAUUCGUUCCAUCGAUUGGUUGAUAGGUUCAACCUUUCCUUUCUCCGCCAUUUUCUCUAUAUAUAUCAGCUGUCAACAAUUGAAUUGCUACCGGGGUCGAUUCAUAGCACUUGAAGAGGUUUUGGGGGUUCGAUAGGUUUGUUUCACAUGUGCUCAAAGGUGUGAAAAUUGACCUUUGAGGUGUCAAACAAGCCACAAUCACAGGAGGGUCGGUCAUAGUUUUUGGACUGUGUUUAGCUUUACAUGGAAACCAAGGUACAAGCGUUGGUUCCUGUUUCUUGCAUUUGAUUAUUCUAUCAUUUCUGGAGUGUGCUUUAUUAUUCUAUAGAUGAAAUUUCAUUGGGAUCCGUCCAAAUUGGAGUUUUAGACCACUCUUAAACAAGGGUUUGUCAAUUUGUCAUUAGAGGCUUAUCGGGUGAGAAUGGGUUCCUGGUACUUGGCCUUGCUUGUGGAUUUUAUAUUCAGUUGAGUUACGCUUUGCAAAUCAUUAUUUUAGUCUAUCAGAAAGCGAAACUCGGUCCGUUGAUGGGGGGAUUGGUAUGGCUAUAACGGGGGUUCUUAUCACUUUAUUUGGUUCACUAGAGUAGUUUAGGAGAGUAGCUUUUGAUGUGGAAUAUUGGUCUUCCUUCAAGACAUGCUGAGCUCUGAUGAAAGGGAAGGCGAUUUGUUCUUUGAUUCGGUUGAUUGCUUAUCAUCCGAAGGAUCAAGUUUAGCAGAUGAAGAGUUGGAUGGUUGUGAAUUGGAGUACAGGAUUUGGAUGAAUGAACCAAUAAGUGUUAAGGAGAGACGUGAAAGAUUUCUACAAACUAUGGGCCUUGUUGAUUUUGCUUCUAGGAGUGUUGAUAUUGACAUUGUUGAGUUUUCAAAGGUUAAAGGGAUGGAAAGGAUUAUGGGGUCUGGUGGGGCUGUUGCGAGUUCAUCUUUGUUGUCCUCUGAAGAGGCAGAGGCAAAUUUGGUCUGUUGUGAAAGGGGUAUAAAUGAAGCCAAUUCUAUGGUCGAUGAUGACUGCGAGAAGGACAACUUGGACACGGUUCCGGAACAUGAACAAAUACCAGAAGCUUGUAAUCAAGCCAGAGAAAAUGAAAAUGUUUAUAUUGGCAAAAAGAAAAUGAAGCGUUGGCAGAAGCUCUUUGCAAAGUUGAGGAAAAUAGGGGAAUCCACAGGCGUAUCUGAACUAUUAGAACCUAAACCCGAAUCAUCCAUGGAAAUGAAACUUAAGGUGUCUCCAAACAAGAAGAGAUGCAUGGAGUUCACAGGAGUUUAUAUGCGCCAAAAAAUUCAAGCUCACAAGGGCUUCAUUUGGACAAUGAAGUUUAGCCCUGAUGGCCAGUACCUGGCUAGUGGGGGUGAAGAUGGGGUUGUUCGCAUUUGGCGGGUUACAUCAGUAGAUGCCUCUUUCAAAUCUUUUUCUGCUGAAGGUGGAUGUUGCAGCAAUUCAAAAGAUAGAAAGUUGAGUUUUGGUGGGAAAAAGUUAAAUCCAACACCGUUUCUCCUUCCUGAUAAGCUUUUCCACAUUGAAGAGUCACCACUGCAAGAGUUUCAUGGCCACUCCAGUGAUGUUUUAGACUUGGCAUGGUCCACAACAAAUUGUCUUCUAUCUUCAUCCAAAGACAAAACAGCGCGUCUGUGGCAAGUGGGCUCCAGUGAUUGUCUGGGAGUUUUCUACCACAGCAAUUAUGUAACAUGUGUCCAAUUCAAUCCGGUCAAUGAAAAUUACUUCAUCAGUGGCUCUAUUGAUGGAAAAGUCCGAAUUUGGGGAGUUCAAGAUAAGCGAGUUGUUGAUUGGGCUAAUAUACGAGAUGUAAUAUCUGCUAUAAGUUACCAGCCAGAUGGCAAUGGUUUUGUAGUUGGUACCAUCAGAGGCACUUGCUGCUUUUUUGAAGCAUCAGGCUGCGAUCUACAACGAGUAGCAGAGUUACAAAUUGCAGGCAGAAAGAAAAUGUCUGGCAAUAAGAUUACUGGAAUUCAGUACUCCAAGGAAAAGUCGGACAGAUUAAUGAUUGCUUCAGAAGAUUCCAAAAUUCGUAUCUUUGAUCAACUUGAUAUCGUUUGUAAAUUCAAAGGUCUUCCAAAGUCGGGAAGUCAGGCGUCGGCUUCAUUUACUUCAAAUGGCAAACACAUAGUCUCGGUUGGAAAGGACAGCCGUGUUUAUGUGUGGAACUAUGACGACCGUCAUUCCCCAUCAUCUAAACCAACAAAAUCUGUGCGCUCCUGUGAGCAUUUCUUCUCCGAAGGGGUGUCCGUCGCAGUUCCCUGGCAUGGGAUGAAAACAGAGCAGACUGGCUUAGAAAGCUGUAGUCUUCGGUACCACUCUCAAACACAAAACCACCGAGAUGGCACUCUCCCCAUCAGAGAUUCAGAUCGAUUCUCUCUUGGUAAUUGGUUCUCCAUUGAUAGCUCGUGCAGAGGAUCUGCAACAUGGCCUGAGGAGAAACUUUGUCUUUGGGAUGCCGCAAUUGCAGAAGAUGAAUAUCAGCACUUCUCUGAGGACCAGCGUCAUGCUUGUGACAAUGCAGCUCUGUUAGAAGCCUGGGGACUGGUUAUUGUAACAGCAGGAUGGGAUGGAACAAUCAGUACUUUCCACAACUAUGGAUUGCCGAUGAGACUCUAGAUGUCGGCGCACGCCGCCUUCUUUCUCUCACCUGGUUUCACCUGAACUCGUUCCUGAGCUUAAUAGGCACUCCUCGUCGAAGCACUUCCUGGAGCCACCUCUCUUAUUAACAGAGUAGGCAAGAGGAGCAGAAGCAGUUUCAGAUGCCAUGAAAAAUCUCAUGAUGUAAAUUCACCUUAUUCUUUUAGUUUUCUUCGUUAAUCCUAUAUAUAUAUAAUUUUUUUUUUCCUGUUCUCACUAGCAUACACUAAGUUCAGUAGGAGGUCUAGUCCUUCCAAUAUUUCAGGUUAAGCCCUUACUAAACAUUCUUCUUGCGAUGUGAUGGGGUUUUAAUCUAUGAUCUUACUCCUUGAGGAGGCCAUUAAAUUUUCAAUCUGUCUUUCUUGUGAAUAAUAUACAACAGCAGUAAAUAGAAGUGCAAUUAUUUCUA